CGAGGGCGUCCGUUGUCGUUAGGGUGUGAGCGCUGCAGCAGCGAGGGUCCCCGAAAAAAAGGGGGAGAGGGGGAAAAAAGCUGAAAAAAAAGUGAGGUGUUUUUGAAGUUUGGAAUAAGGUGCAGUGAGACUUCAAGAUACAGCUACAAUGAAUUAUUUUCUUAAAAUACUUACCAACUGCUGGCUUCAGCGAUUCCUAUGAAGUGUGAAAUAUAACAGUGGUUGUAAUUCUGGUAACUUUGGAAUGCAAACAAUGUACAGACAAGCUGAUCAAGUGAAACGUCGUUUAAACCCAAAUGCUCCCAUUCGAAUGAGGAAUGUAGAUGUUGCCAGAGGAAGAACAGGUUAUGGAUUCACACUUUCUGGCCAAGCUCCAUGUGUGCUAAGCUGCAUUUUGAAAGGAAGCCCGGCAGAUUAUGUUGGGCUUCGAUCUGGAGAUCGGAUUCUUAGUGUCAAUGAUAUUAAUGUCUCUAAAGCCUCCCAUGACGAUGUUGUGAAACUGAUAGGAAAAUGCACAGGAGUGCUGCAGCUUGUGAUUGCUGAUAGUAGUAAUCACUCUGAUACAGGUUCAAGUGAUGAAGAGCUUUAUUUCAAUGAAGGCAAAGGGGGAUGGAUGAACAAUAAGCCCAAAUCAAAACAUUUUGGUCUAAACAGAGCUGAAAAGGUAGUUGCCGAUAUACAGUCAGGUGGCAUUUUCAAUGUGCUUUUUGAAAAUUCCAAACUUCCUGCCAAACAUAGCAGGAAUUGUUUACAGCAGCAAAGAAAAACAGCUGAAACAGUCAGUGGAUUUCCUACCAGACAUGGCAAUACAGGAACAAAUCACAAUUCACUCUCUGAGGAAGAAGUAAUGAAGGUGCUAAAUGAUAACUCGAUGUUUGCCAGUGGCCUUGAAAGCCAAGAUGAUUUUGCCCUAGAUUCUAAUAUUCUGAACGUUGGGAUGAUAGUAGGCUACUUGGGAUCAAUAGAAUUACCGUCAACAAGUUCAAAUUUGGAAAAUGAUAGCUUGCAGGCUAUCCGUGGCUGCAUGCGACGCUUGCGUGCUGAGCAAAAGAUUCAUUCCCUUGUUUUGAUGAAAAUAAUGCACGACUGCAUUAAACUUUGCAAUGACAAAAAUGCUGUAUUAGCUGUGUACCCAGCAGAAAAAUUGGCUUUUACUGCUGUGUGUCCUGAUGACCGAAGAUUCUUUGGCUUGGUUACUAUGCAAAUAGCUGACGAUAAUAACUUUGCUAAGGAAAAUGAAGGUGGGUUGAGGACUUCAUGUCAUGUCUUUAUGGUGGACCCCGAACUCUGCCAGCACAAAAUUCAUCAGGGUAUUGCUAGACGUUUUGACAUUGAUUGUACACCAGAUACAGAUACUAAUGGCUGCUUAGAGUUUCCUCCAUCAUCUCAACCCGUUCUUCAGUUUGUGUCUGUGCUGUACAAGGAUCUAGGAGAGUCGUUUGAAAGCAUGCGUGCAAGAGCUUUCCUUGAUGGGGAUGUAUAUGCACCUGAUGGUCAGCAGAAUAAUAGUACUGGCAGUAACAGUGAUAGUGGAAUUGGAUGCUACAGUCAGGAAGAAAAGAGCAGAAGAGUUUUAGUUGUUGACUUGGGAACCAACCCAAACAAACAUGCCUCCAAUGGUGCACGGGGAAGUGCACAAAACAAAGGGCCAAUACAGACUGCUUCCCAGUGGAAUGGUUGCCGUCCAGACUUGGAAAGCAAAUUUCAUGCACCUCGACUAUCAGAUUUGGCACAGAAUGAUUACUCUUUGCAUAAUGGUAAUAGGCAUAUGGGCUCUUCUACUCGACUUGAUGUGCCAGGAACUUCUGCAUGGUCUGCUUUUCCUUCAGCUAAGAAAGCUGAUAUAACUGGCAAUGCUCCAUGUGCAAACCCAAAGUGGCUUCCACUUCACAUCCGUAAAGAUUGGCAGUACUGCAGCAGUAGUGAUCAGGAGUCCUAUGCAGAGUCUACAGAUGGAUUGUCCAGUGUUAAUUGUGGUACACUGAAGCAGGAUCUUCCCCCUCCAAUGAGCAAGAUUCAGACAGAAAAGUAUCGAGUUGGGAGUGGCUUUGGACAACCUUUUCGUGCUGUACCUCAAAAGGAUGAACUGACAAGAAAAUUGUUUGGUGUGGAAAAAAUGUUUGGGAUACAACAAAAUAGCAAGAAAAGCAAAGAUAAAAAGGUUGCAAAGCUUUCUGGAAUUUUAGUCGGAUUCCCCCAAGCAUCCCAACGGUCUUCUGUUCGACGAUCAUAUGGAAGAUCAAAACGUUUCAGUAUAACGAGAUCCUUGGAUGAUUUGGAGACUGCAGCUGUCUCCGAUGGAGAGUUAAAUGGUGCAGAUCUCAACAACUGCAACAGUGAUAACAGCCUCAACAGCAAUGCCAGUCUUCCCAGUGUCCAGAGCUGCAAAAAACACACUGAACGGAGAGUAGCCAGCUGGGCUGUGUCCUUUGAACGACUUCUGCAGGAUUCAGUUGGUAUAAGAUUCUUCUCGGAGUUCUUGAAGAAAGAAUUCAGCGAAGAAAAUAUCUUGUUCUGGCAGUCUUGUGAAUACUUUGGCCAAAUCGCUCAAAAUGACAGGAAACAGCUUUUAUACAGAGCCCGGGAGAUCUACAAUAAUUUUUUAUCUAAUAAGGCAAUCACACCGGUCAACAUUGACAGUCAAGCACAAUUGGCUGAUGAAAUCAUUAAUGCGCCACACCCCAAUAUGUUUAAAGAGCAACAGCUUCAGAUUUUUAAUCUGAUGAAGUUUGAUAGCUAUACUCGUUUUCUGAAAUCACCACUUUAUCAAGAAUGCAUGCUGGCAGAAGUGGAGGGUCGUUCCUUGCCUGAUCCUUGUCUUGUACCAAGUAGCCCUGCCUCAAAACACAGUGCCAGUUCAGACCUCUCCACCCCCAAAAAGUUCAGUACAAAAUCCAAAUCGGGCAGAUUACUCCUCACUGAAUUGGAUGAUGAAGAUGGAAAUAAGAAAAAGGGAGCAUUUUUUUCCUGGUCACGAAGGAGCUUGGGAAGACCUCAAAAGCGAAAAGAAAAUAGUGAUUCACAAGGUGAGUUGUCUGAUAGUAAUGGAUUGUCUCACUACCGCCGCGAAUCACUGGGUUCCAUGUCAUCUUCCACUUGUACGGAAUCGACUUCUCCUGGCUAUCACGCAAAUAACAAACAAGAGAAGUCUGAUGCCACCAGAGUCUUAAUGCCUAUGACUGAGAAAGAAAAGUCUGCAAAACACUGCAUCGUGAAUCUUCCAGAUGGCUCUUCUUACACGGUAGCAAUUCAAGCUGGCAUUUCCAUUCGAGAAUUACUGACUGAGCUUUCUGAACAACUGCACAUUCAAGUGGCAGCCAUAGACCUCUUUUUGGUUGGAGCAGACAAGCCCCUUGUACUUGAUCAGGACUGCAUUACGUUAAACACACGGGAGGUUCGAUUAGAAAAGCGCACUUUGUUUCGACUGGACCUUGUCCCUAUCAAUCGAUCAGUUGGUUUAAAAGCCAAACCAACCAAACCAGUGACCGAAGUAUUGCGACCAGUGGUGGCAAAAUAUGGUUUAAAACUUAAUGAAUUAGUGGCUAGAAUUAAUGGAGAAGAUGAAGUUUUAGAUCUUGGCAUUCCUAUCUCUAAUCUUGAUGGAAUGCGUGUUGUUCUGGAUGUUGCAGAGCAUAGUGCAGGAAAAGAUAAACAGAAGAGUGGAGGAGUGAAACCAGGUCCAUCCACUUUGGGCACAAGAAAUCAUGAUGUAACGGAGAAAGAAGAAAGAAAUUUAGGAAAACCAUCUUCAGUUAAAGAAAAAGGAGAUAAUGGAAAAUCUUCCAAAGAUGGAAGAAGUUUGAAGAAAGAAGAUUUAAUUGAAAGGACAGAAAAGAAGAAACAGCCCAAACUGAAAUUGAAUGAAGUAGAAGAGUUAUUUAAUCUUUUGACAAAAGCUCAACGCAAUCGGGUCGAUGAUCAACGUGGACUUUUGAAGAAAGAAGACCUCGUUCUACCAGAUUUUCUACGCCUCAAGGUUCCCAUGCCUGAGCCUAGCUCCUCCACACCUGUAGCAAAUAAAGUGAAUGGCAAGAAACGUGAGGACAAAAGCCAAACAGAUACUUCUGUGAACAAAGCUUUCAUCUCAGCACAACAGUCUGAUAAAUUAGAGUUUAUAGACUCCAGCCCAACUAAUCCGUCUACGCUGAAUUUUAAUGAAAAUCCCAACAAUCUAAAAGGCAAGCCAAUGCAUCAACAAGACAGCCGGCAUUGGCCUGUUUCAGUGCCAUCCCAUCUUGUAAAACCAGAUAUUCAGCAGUUACAUGAUGUCCCCUUUCAUGCACCAGUCUCUCCAAUUCUACAUGUGAAUGACCAGAGGUGGGAAGGACAUUCUGGAGAUAGGCAGUCUGAAAUAAUACAGCCUUGUGAAGAUGAGAAUGUAUCUGAUCUGACUCUAGUGGCAGAAGGUGAUAUCAGUAGCCCCAACAGUACAUUGUUACCUCCCUCACUAACACCAUCAUCCAGUAUCAGUAAACUGGAUGUAGCUAACUAUACUCCACCAACCCCCUGCUCUGAUGAUCAGAAGAACUCUUCACACCACAGAUCCGCUUCAGGUAUUUAAAUUGGGUGUGUCCAUUUGUUGACUGGAUAAUUCAUAACAAUUUUUAAAUGUGUUGUUGAUUGUAUUGAAAGUAAUAUUUUUAAAACUGGAAAAGGACUUGCAAAGCAUACAUAAUGCACUAAUUUAUCAGUUCACAUAUGUUUUCUGCAGUAUCUAACUGUUCAUAGUACUGUAGAGAAUACAAAAAACUCUGGAUUGGGACACUAGAAAAGGUGAACUUCAAUGUGUAUCAUACAAAUUAUUUUUAUGUAAUUAAUUUUAACUGUGUUUGAGGAUAUUUUGUUGGGCCCGUUGCACUUUCUAGAAUAAUUCCUGCAAUGUUUUAUUAAACAUUAUGUCACUGCACUGGUGAUUGAGAAAUUAUCACAAGACAGAUCCAAGGACCACACAUAAUUUUUAAAUAUGAUUAACACUUUUUCACAAAUCAGUUUUUACAUUGUUUGACAAACAACAGUAACUCAUUCUAAUCUCCCUGAUCAUCUCAUUGUCAGAGUGCACAUUUUAGGUGGUACUGAAGUUUUAGUUUAAACUCAGUUGAAAUAUUUGUUUUUAUAUCAUGCAGCAUUGCGCAAAUUUAAUUGCAGAAUGAUUUAAGUUCAUGUAAUGUAAAUGAUAACUAAUACUUUGAUGAUAGGUUUGAGACCAAAGAUACUUUUGAAGAGCUAGAUGAUUGAAGCAAUUGCCUAUACUCUAAGUGCCUUCAUUUAGUAUUUUACUUUUCAUGAAUGUUAGUAGGCUCUUUGAGAAAAUUUUUAACAAAUUAUAAUUUUAUAAUUAAACAAUAAUUGAAAACCAACAGGCUUACAUUGAACAAUGUUCAUUUUGUAACCUGGCUGUCAAAAAUUAAUUGCAACAUUAUCCCUGAAGGGGAUGUGAUAUCAGGUUACCAGAUGUUUGUUCUGUUUUCAGCAAAUAAUUAUAACUGGAAAAUCCUCUAUGAAAAGUUUGUUGCAUGAAAUUUAACCCAAGAAAUCAUUACUUUUUUGAUUAAAAGCAUUGUUCUUGGCUAUUUGUAAAUUUUACUAUCUUGUUUGUAUAAUUCUGUACACUAAUUUAGAUUGUUUUACUGCCAUGAUUCAUCCUAGAAUUAAAAACUUUUUUUUGCUUUCUUAUGAUUUAUCUGUACUUCGUAGAUACCUGUUGUAGAUGUUUUCACAAAUGUAUUGCUAUCUUUCCAUUUUUUGUAUUAAAGUCUCUAAAGAGACUGUAUCU